AUGAGAAAAGUGUUGCAACCAUCGUCGGGCUCGCCUCUCGUAAAGUUUGUUGCUUUGUCCCAUAAACCCACAACAACAAGUCUUUUGAGUCAGGGAGCUUUCUCAUCAUCAUGUAUUCAUCAUCAACAGCAUCAAAAGCAAACAUUUAGUAUGAGUUCCAUCCGAACACAACAACAGCAAUAUAAUUUUGAAGAGGAAGAAGAAAAGAACUUACCACCAUCAAACAUCAUCCAAGAUAGCUUCCCUGUUGCCAAAUCUCAUUUGAAAGAGAGAUACAUGCAACCACCAAAACUCGACAGGCAUGGCAACCCUGUUUGGGACUAUACCAAAAUGAAAGCCUUUGAUAAAUCUAAAUAUCCAGCCAUUGAAUCACCAUUCCUUACAAUUCCAAAGCAAAAGAGACACGAAUGGAAAGUAAGAGACUACGACGAAAAGAUGGCAGUCGAGUUCCGUUGUGGCAUAAAGUCAGACGAUUUUAUGGUAACUGGUUUAGCACCUUUGGAGAGUCCUCUUGGCUCGGACUCAGAGGCUACAAAAUUUGUUUUACCAGUUUCGGAGACUAGUAUUGAACAAGUGAAGAAGAUUUUCAGUUUCACCACGGCAGCCAAACCAGAAAUCAACAAGCAGAAAAAACAAGUCCAAGUUUUACGUUUCCAAAAAUCUCCUAGAGACACCGGUAGUGCUCCUGUUCAAAUUGCUGUUUUAACUGAACGCAUCAAGGCACUCACUGAACAUUUAAAGACUAAUCAUAAGGAUUAUACAUCGGCAAGAAAAUUGCAAGUCAUUGUCAAUAGAAGAAAGAGAAUGAUGAGAUAUUUGAAGAGAACAAAUCCUGACAUUUAUUGGGAAACAAUUCGUAACUUGGAUAUGAAGAUUAGUUUAGUUGAUUAA